AUGAAGGGAGGUGAACCGCUCGAAAUCACUGCGCUGCUCCUGCGGCAUGAACGAUGCCGGAGUGAGCUACGGACCAGUGCCGCAGAAGCCUGCAUCGGGAGGUUUGGGCUCAGGGCCUUUCCUGUGAUCGACCAGAAUAAAGCGGCCAAGCCCAUGUGGGGUCCGCGAGGACGGCAGGACCUGCAGGUCAUCCGCGACCUCGGGGCCAAUGCGGUGCGGCUCUAUGGGAACAACCCGAACCAGAGCCACCGCGGCUUUCUCGACGAGGCCCACCAGAACGAUCUCCAGGUGAUUCCCGGUGCCAGUGAUUUCCCCUACACACAGAUGUAUCCCGGGCGAUGCCUCGACACCGACUUCGAUUGCUUCGACCAGAUACGGGGCUACUACGCCUCGAACCUUGCGGGCGGCUUCCUGACUGACGCACAGGAGUACCAUCCGGCGCUUCGUUAUUUCAUUCUGGUCAACGAGCCCGACCUGAAGCUUCCGGGAGGUGCCACCGUGACCCCGAAGGGCCCCGAGCGCAUGGUGAAGGCCAUCGUCAGCGCCCUUGACGGGGCCUUGGAAGCCGAGAAGGAAGCAAACAUCUCCGGCCCGCUGAUCAACUUUACAGCCACCUUCUCCUACGCGAUCUGCCUCGCCUGCGACGAUCUGAACUACACCCCGGGUCUGGGCCAGAUGGCAGCCCUGGAGGAUGGCAUGUUGCAUCCAGAGCGCUACGGUUACGAGCCGCGCAACAACGUUUCUGAAGCGUAUCGUACACGCUGGACGCAUAGCUUCAACACCAACAACCCGGCACGGGAUCUGGAGCCACAGUUCUUCAGCAUCUAUGGGAACAGGUUCAGCAGUACUCCGGUCUUUAUUGGGGAGUACCACAACACCUUGCUGGCCUACCUGCAGCCGCCGCUGACGCUUGCGGAGGAUCUGGCACAGGUGCUAGACCUCGCCGACUCCACGGAGCUAUUUCUUGGCAUCUCGUUCUUCCAAUUUCAGGUUGCUUACUGGAAGGGCGGCAGCGAGGAGCUCUUCGGGCUCUUCGGCUUGGGCCAUUUCGAGGUCGCGACGAUGCCCUACUACGGUCACGACUUCAAGGUGUGGUGCCUUGUCCCUCGGAUGAGCCCUGCCACUCCCAACACGACGCUGCCAGCGGUGCUCACUGAGGCCUAUGGCGGGCCGGGCAUCGAUACAGAGUACCUCUGCCAGCCGAGCCCCGACGUCGUGCCCCUCACGCAGGUCGGGUUCGCAGAGAUCGCUGCGCAGGGCUCUGCGGAGCGGCUGGCAGCCUUCGCACGGCGGGUGGUUCAGCACCUGGGUGCGGAGGUGAACGACGAAGCCGCGCUGGUCAGCUUCGCGGAUCAGUUCCUGGUAGGGUCGGGCAGGACCUUCAGCAACCUGGUGGUGGCCAUCUCUUACAAGCCCGCUUGGGCGACCUUCAGCGCCGACGCCCGCUGUGUGGCCGAUCCGGCCGCGGACGCCGGCCAGGUAGGGCAGGCUAUUUCUUGGCUGUGUGGCCAUGCGCCUGCCAACUUCUCCUGCGAGGACGUGCCUGCAUCAUGCGCGGGAGAUGCCUUCAGCACGGGAGACUGGCUUUUCAGCCGCUGGUACCGCCUUGCGGGGGAAGAUCCGCUGCAAGACUGCAAUUUUGGCGGCGCCGCGCUCUUUGCAAGCCCCGCUCUGUUGCGUGGCCGCGCGGCGCGCUGUUCCGAGGCCGACGAUCGGCGCCUGGGCGAGGUCCUGGUAUGA